AUGGUGAAAAAUAGAUUUAAGAACCAAGUCAAGAACAGCAAAAGCUACCCAGGAGCAGACAUUGGAAGUGACCAUAACCUAGUGAUGGCAAAGUGUGAAUUGAAAUUCAAAAAACUGGAAAAGAAGAUUGCUAACAGGAUUGAUUCGUCUAAAUUGAAAAUUCCAGAUAUAAAGUAGAUUUUGAAAAUAAUACAAAUAAGUUGGUAGAAGAGCACAAAGAAAUGGGAAAUAAACCUAUAGAAGAACAAUGGGUAAACUUAAAGAAAAUAAUACUAGAAACAGGAACCAAAAUAUUACUGAAAGGAAAAAAGGACGGAAGAAAGCCAUGGAUAAGCCAAGAAGUUAUCAAUUUGAUAANAAUCAACAGAGAACUAAUAGCUAAUAAUUUAGAUAAAGCGUACGGGAUGGUCAAAAAGUUCUUUGGGAAAGGAAAAAAGAAAGCUUCAAUAAUAAAAAACGAAAAGGGAUAACUUCUAUAUGAAGAAAAGGAAAUAGUUAAUAGAUGGAAAGAAUAUUUACAAAAACUUUACGGAGACGAACCAAUGAAUGGAAACAUCAUGAAUGAUAAUGAAGACCAUAUAGAAGAUAAUAUAGGAGAAGACAUCUUGAGAGGAGAAUUUGAUAAAGCAAUGGAAGAAUUAAAAAACAACAAAGCUCCAGGGAAAGAUGAAAUAUCGGCAGAACUAUUGAAAAACUGUGGUGAGAAAGCAAAAGACGUACUCUUCAAAAUCAUAUCGAGCAUGUACAGAACUGACCAAAUACCAAGUGAGUUCACAAAAUGUCUCAUAAUUCCAAUCCCGAAAAAAGAAAGAGCCCAAACAUGUGAACAAUACCGAACUCUAAGUUUAGUAUCUCAUGCAUCUAAAGUGCUCACCCGCAUCAUCAUGAGAAUAGAAACUAAAAUCGAAGGAAGUUUAACAGACGACCAAUUUGACUUUAGAAGAGGUAUGGGAACUCAAGAAGCCAUCUCAUCAUUAAGGCAAGUAAUUGACAAGAUGAACAGGAAAGUAAAAACUACUUUUAUAUCAUUUGUAGACCUUGAAAAGGCCUUUGAUAACGUGAAUUGGGACAUAAUGUUUGACACCUUAAAGAAAACUGGAGCAAGUUAUAGAGACAGAAGGAUAAUUCAUAGUUUGUAUAAGAACGAGAUAGGAGUAAUCAAAAGUGGAGCAAGUGAAGAAGAGGCCAAAAUUAUGAAAGGUGUCCGUCAGGGAUGCUCACUGUCACCAUACCUCUUUAAUUUGUAUGUACAAGAGGCCAUUAACAAGAUUAAAGAGAAGGGUGGAGUCGGAAUAAACAUACACGGAGAGAAAAUAGACAUGCUUAGAUUCGCAGACGAUAUAGCUGUACUAGAAGAAAACUAA